GAUUGUCCCAUCCGUCCAUCCAUCUAUCCAUGUGGAGAGCUCUCCCAAGCUCCCAAGUUGCCACUGACAAGCUUUUAUUGCUCGUCGAGAUUGUCAAGGUCAAAUAAGCAAGCCCUUGUUACCAAGAAAUGAUCUUCAAGUGAUGGUUCUUACUCAGUACACCAUUGGUAUACGAGCUCGAGAUAGGGUUAGCUUACUGUCACUGCAGCAGUGAAUUCCUGAGCGGAGAGAAUGAUAGCACAUCCGCAUCUCCAACAACCGAUAUAUUCUUAAACUCUCGAGACUCUCAGACUCUCAGACCUCGUGCUAGAGGAUCAAGUUCUCCAGAAAAUCUUCUUGUUAAGCCCAAGAAGCUUUGCCAGUCAAUGAUCAAUGAGUAACCGCUCGGGACUACUUAGCAUCGUCCCGCACACUUACAUCAUGCGAAACUUUAAAAUGCCUCUCAUGGCUCUUCAAUUCCAAAAAGAACGAUAGUACCGUAGAUUUUAAUUUUGGGCCAGAUUUGAUUCGAUGAUGGAAAGUAUGUGUGCAAUCCUGAAAAAGGGUCCUUCAGAUCUUGAGCUUCGUACCCAGUCAAUUGAUCUUUUACAACAAAUUUCUUUACAAAGUCAUCAUCAUCCCGAGGGGAGACGAAGCAGUUGGAAAUAGAGCUUUUACGAUUGCGACUCUUUACGACAAAGAUAAUCAAAAGAAACACCAUUAUUGUGUGGAGAUAAGCGUGAUGAGCACUCAAUGCGGAUCGGUACAUUCUCUCGCUGUCGAACAUGUGGAGGGAAAUAUGAGGCGCAACAAUAAUGAAGAGACAACAGGCACAGAGUCGGUUCUGGCAGAGCUUGGGGCGGUUGAUUUGCUCCGGCAAGACAGCAGGCCCUCCUUCAUCGUUGAUAUGUCAAUAGAAAACGAGAUUUGUGCACUUCCUGUAGUCUUCACGAACGAUGCUUUCAAGACUUACGCCAAAUUUAAAAACAUUGCUUCGUGGCUUUCAGGAAACUCAUGCCAGGGCGGAAAUGCAUUUGUCAAAUGGAUACAUACUCGACCCAGCAAGGCAGUCAAUCAAUAUUGGUUCCGGCAUCAAAGAUGGUCCAAGGUUUUAUUGGGAGAUCGAUGGUGUGUGGUUUCCGGGCAUGAGAUGGCAUUUUCGAAAUCAGUACAGGAAGAUACCGAUGCCAAUCAUUACAAGCAUCUUCAAUCGAGACCUGCACAAAAUCGGAUUUCUACAAUUGGAAAUUGGAAGCCGAAUCCUAAUUCUCGUUGCGAAGACCGCUAUUCCAUUAUGAUGUCACCCGGCUCACAUAACUCAGCUGUAGCUGCUCACGCAUAUUUUACACCCUCUCUAUCCUUUGAGACGCCGUUUGCCAAGUUCUUUUGCAGCAAAGAUUGGUCUUCUACAGCUGUAGAGUCCAUCUCGGAACAGCUCUUAGAUAUGACGAGUCUAAUCUCCAACUUCAGCCAAUUGUCUCCUAUUGCCAUGUUUAUUAUCGAUGCAAAAGACGGAAGCUUAUUAUUCGCGAAUGAUGCCUGGACAAGAAUCACAGGCGGUACAAUAGAAGAGCAUUCAAAUCUAAGAUGGCUCGACUGUUUGAUUGAUGAGGAUAGAGAGUUUGUCGCGGAACAAUGGCGUACCCUCAUAAAAGAGAAAUGUCCUGUCCACUUUCAAGGAAGGUGCAAAACACUCUGGAGACCUACAGUUCCAGAUCCUGCCCUCUUUGGAGAGGACGAAGUCUACUACACGUGGGGCGAAUGUAGUGCUGUCCCACGGCUCAAUGACGAGGGGGACGUGGAGCAUGUUGUUGGAUGUCUUAGUGAUGUCACACACAUCAAAUGGGCUGCCCGAGUACAGGAAAGAAGAGAAAACGAGGCAUUGAAGGAGAAAAAAGAACGAGAAGAAUUCAUGAACAUGACAAGUCAUGAGUUGAUGAACCCACUAUCGGCCGUCGUCCAAGCAGCACACACCAUGAUCUCCAGUCUCGAUGAGAUCAAUAAAGCUCUUUCUCAUACUCAUGACAACGUCCUUCAUGAUGACAAUUCAAAGAGUUACGGGGAGAUUAAGUCGAAGGUACGGCGCAAUAUCGCAAUUGCGAAAAUUAUUCUAGCUUGUGGAGAGCAUCAGCAAAAACUGAUGGAGGAUGCCCGUAUGAUGUCUAAAUUGGACAUCAAUCUGUUUUCAAUUUCACCAACUCGAACAGAGCCAAUUUGUAUUGUAGAUACAGCUAUGUCUAUGCUCUCUGGAGAAACAUCUAAGUUAGAUAUCAAUAUCCGACUUGAGGUGGACCCCUCCAUGGAAGCUUUGAAUUCGCAAUGGCUUUGCUUCGAUCCUUCAAGAUUUCUACAACUACUCCUCAAUCUCCUGACAAAUGCCAACAAAUACACAAAAUCAUCCGAAACCCGGAAUGUAGUGGUGCGUCUUGGAGCCACAACUGGAUCCCCUUACCAUAAAGAGAUCGGGCGAGAGAUACAGUACAUACCUCUUCGCACAGCACGAAACGACCCGACUUUGAAAGAUGCGUCGGGAACAGGAGAGAUAGUAUACCUCCAUUGCUCAAUUACCGACACCGGUAAAGGACUGAGUGAAAUGGAGAGGCAGACACUCUUUAAGAAAUUUUCUCAAAAGUCUUUAAGCACGCAUACGCAGUAUGGCGAUUCUAGUCUGGGAUUAUUCAUCUGUAGGGAGCUUGCCGAGUUACAAGGAGGUGCAAUUGGCAUUGGAUAUACGGAUUCUCAAGCAACGGGUAGCACUUUCGCUUUUUAUAUCAAGACACGGCGAUCCGAAUUCAAACCGGCGGGACUACCACUUGAGACGUCGGAGGAAUCGUCUCAGCUGGAUGGUCAAUCUUCUAUGGGCGACUUCGAUGUAGAAUCUGAUACGGAUGUUAUUUCGAUGUCUGAGCUGGACUUUUCAGAGUCUGAGAUGACCGAUGCCGAGGUUCUCAAGUAUCGGGACAAUGGACACAUUCAUAGUGCUAGCUUUCCCUAGUUUUAACAACAUCAAGGAUCGCAAUGAUGUAUUUAAAAUUUCAGUACUUAUGCUUUCAAUCACUAAGUUGAUAUCAAUAUUGAAAUUUGUAUGGAUUUUGGUGAGGAGAAAGAAGUUGAUGAGAAGGACGUAGAUGGGAGUGUGAGGUUGAAUCCUCAAGGGGCAGAGUUUGAGUAGAAAUCUCGAGUGGAAGAAUCGAAUCAGGAGAAUGUACUAGGAAAGAGACGAAGGCAAUCACAUGCUAUGAACCUCUUCCUGAGGUAACAUGGAGUUUGGAGACUUGAUAUCUAAGGCGGAUUUUUGUUUUGAAAAAUCUCGUAAGGGUAUCUCUGGCUGUGUGAGAUCAUGCAAUUGAAUGAACGGACUAAGCAGUUUCAGGAUGGAGAAGAAUGACCAAAAAAAU